AUGCUUGAUAAUAUGUUCAUUAAUCUGACAUUGGAAAACAUUGGUGAGUACCAUCGUGUCAGCAAAGCUUGGGAGCAAAUGACGAAAAGACAAGAAUUUGUUCUUAAAAAACGUGAGAUGAGCUACCCUGCAACUGAAAACAACAUCCUUGUUUUCACUCAAACAAGCCAAGAAGGUCACCUGUUGCAAGACAAACUAAUCGUCACCAACAUAAAAGUGCAAAUGGAUAACCCAUGCAACCACAUACGAUUGCAAGAAGAGAUGUCGAUGGGUGACGAUGGCAUCCAUAAAAUCAUGUCUGGCACCAUAGAUUUGGUCUGUCUACAAACCAGGUCUCAAAUCAAAUUCUUGAACCCAAAGACAACACAACUUGCAUUAAUUGAAUGGCCAUAUGAUGUACAUCUCAGCAAUUGUGAAAAAGCAUUUGGGGGACUGUGUGUAAUAGAUGAGUACCACAUUACUCAGAAUCAUCACUGUCAGAUGUGGGCAUGGGAUCCAGAUACUUCCACAUGGGAUUGCAUGUUCGAGACCCAUGAAUCCCCAAAUGUGAACACACACGCUCCACACGGAUUACAGUUUCGCCAUGAUUGGCUUUAUCCAGUGUUUCUAAGCCACAAAUCAUCUCCAGUGGGACAGUUCAUUGUCAAAGGAUACGAUAAUCGACAUUUGAUGUUGUAUAGUGUUCCUACCAGGAAAAUUACACAAGUACAUCGCCGAAUCUAG